AUUUUUUUGUACAAAAUAGACGUGAAAAGAAGGAAAUGGAUUAAAAAGUAUAGUUGUGAAUUUAAUUAAUAAAUCAUCUAGAUAGUUGAAAAUAGAGAGGAAUACAUCUAUUCUAAUUUAAGCUGUGAUUAAAUGAAUGUGAAAAAGUGUAAAACAAGGAAAUAAGUAAAUAAAUAGAAAAUGGAUUCAAAUAGCUGGAUUCACUGCAUUGUUAUUGUGGAUUUUGAAAUUGAAAAAGGUCAAAUAAUCGAGACUAUACAUCCACCUGAAAAUACAAUAUUAUCAGAUACAGAGAGGAACAAUCUGGUUUAUAUGGCAUUUCCUGAUUCAAACUCAAAUUGUAUGGGAGAUACAAAGUUUCAUAUAUGCUUAAGAACUAUGAAGAAGUUAUCAGAUCAACAUAGACUAUACAAUCGUGAAUGCAAGCAGGAUCUUAAAGCAGAUAUCGGUCAUUAUUGGGGCUAUGUAUUCUUUAGACAAGUCAAAGAUCCAACGAGUAAACGAGGCUACUUUCAGAAAUCAUUUGUUCUUAUUACCAGACUUCCAUUCCAUAACUUUUUCUCGGAACUUGUAAAUAGAUGGGCACCUUUAUACUUUAAAAGUGGAAUAUCAGCACUGGAACAAGGAUAUGAUCAGAUAUUGUCAUGGCCAAAAUUAAUUACAAAUACUCCACUACAACUUCCUAUAUUAGGAUCAAUUUAUCAAUUGUAUAUAGCAGCAAAUCGUAAUCAAUCAGAUAGCACAAGUAGCACAACGACGACAGAGACAGAAGACGUUACAAAUAAUAAUAAUAGUCAAUCAUCAUCAGCAACGACGACGAUACCAAUAACAAUUAAUUCACCAAAUGAAAUAGACAUCUUUGGACCUGUACAUACGAUUAUUCAUCACAUCCAAUUAAUGUGGGAAUUAAUCUUAAUUGCAGAACCGAUCGUCAUUAUUGCUCCAUCUCCAACUGAUUCUUCUUUAUUGGUACAAGCUUUAACGAAUCUUAUUGCUCCACUUGAGUAUUUACCUGAAAUCUUUCCAUACUUUACAAUCCACAAUGCUGAAUUUCGUGAAUUUGCAAGUUCAACAUCACCACCGUCUGUUAUUUUAGGCUGUACAAAUCCAUAUUUUGCCAAAACGUUAUCAGCAUGGCCACACACAAUUCGUAUCAAUGAAUCACUUCAAAUUGAUCAUCCAGUUCCGCAUAGAAAGUUAGAACGUGUCAAAAGUCUUCAAAAAUUGCUUAUGGACAAUUCUGGCUCAAUUUAUACACAACAUCGUCCAUUUUUGCAGAAAGAUAAAGCAUUUGUGAAAAAGAUAUUGAAUGGUGUCAAAACUAGACGACCAACAGCUGUACAAAGUAUAAUAUUGAGACGAUACUUCCUAGAAUUGACACAAAGUUUUAUGAUUCCACUCGAACGAUACAUGUCAAGUCUCAUGCCAUUAGCUAAGGAUAUUUCAGCAUUUCGUGCUCCACCCGUUCCUACUCAAUUUAAAGAGGAUACAUUCUUAGGAACUUUAGAAUUAUUCGGUCCACAACUUACUUCGACUGUCAAGGGAGAUUUUGAAGGACUUUAUAAGAAAUUCUUCAGGUCAUCAAACUUUCGUGGAUGGUAUGAGGCGAGAAGAACGGAGCAAAUUGAGAAACUUGAAGCACUUCAUCAAGAAGCACUGGCCAAAGAAGAUUUUAAGAAAUGGAUGAGAGGGAAGCAGGAAGUUGAAAUUGUCGAUAUGAUACUGUGUAUUAAAAAUAAAUUACAACUUCCUGUCAAUUCAAACUCCACAUUAACUCCUGUUGAACCUGCCAUCAAUGUAACAAUCAAGAAAGAAGUAAGAGAAUUGCUAAUGGUGAAGCUAGACGACUUAAUAGCAAGCUUACCAGACGACUUGAAGACAAUUCUCAAUUGAUUUUUUAGUGUAAAUUUUUAAGUUUUAUUCAAAUAUUCAUAAAUGUGAUUGAGGGCUGCUUGAUAAUGAUUUGUGUGACGCAAAUGGAUUGAUGAUUUUUGGGACUAUUAGCCUUCAAAAGGACUCGUGUGUAUUUAAUUUUUAUGAUGGACAUUAGGAAGUGCUACAAACUCGUGUCUUUCUCACGACUUUUAUUUCUUAUCAAUUUUUUUUUAUGAUAAUUGAGAUUAUAAUUUUAAGUCAUUCAUUGGCAAUAAAUGUGAAUUUUAGAAGCAUGACAUAAGCUUAGGACGACAUAUUGUUGAUAAUGUUUUUUUAAGCUAUAGUUUAUGAUUGGCAUUUUCCAUUGUGAUUAAGUUUAAAUGUUUUGGAGAGUUUUUAUACUGACCUAAAUGCCAAGCUGGUCUUUCUGUGCUCUUUCUGACGAGAUAAUAUUGCAUUUUUAAGGAAAAUCAAUGAAAAAUAGUCCUUGGAGAUAUGAAUCAAUAUGAAUGCAUUAUUAAAGCACAGUUUGAGAUGUUUAUCUUAGUCUACCUCCUAUGGAGAUCAAGGGCUGCAAAGAUAACAGCCACCUUUUAGAUUUCGUUUGUAUUACUAAUAGAAAAAAUUAAUUAUGCAGCUGUGGAUGUCUUGCUGUGUUGCCAUUAAAGACUGUUUGAUAAAGUUGGAUUAAAUAUUUGGUUCUAAAAGGUGGGUAAGGAGGGGGGAGGGGGGGUUAUGUUUUAGCCAACAGGAAAUGAUUGGGGAUCCAAACUUGAGAUAGUUCCAAUAUU